UGCUAAUCGGAUCCUCGGUCGGGGAUAAAGUUAAGAAAGUCUUCCGUCGAAAGGAGGGCGGAGUCGAGGACUCCUGAUUUCUCAAGCAAUCUCCAUUGCAGCGUUAGAGAAAUGGCGGAGAGAGAAGUAGAAGGAGAAGAGGUGGAGAUUACUCUGAAAACCAUCGGACCUGCUCCGCCCUCUCGUCUUCGUCUCCCUUCUCACAUCAAAGUGCAUGAAUUGAGAAAACGUAUUGCUGCGGAUAGACGGCUACCGGUGGAACAUUUGAAGCUUGUCUUGAAAGGGGAAGUGUUGUGCGACAUGAAAUAUGGGGACGAAAUGUACGUUAGACUAAAAAGUGGAGAUUCGCUGAUGGUAGCUGUCGCACCAAAGCCACCCGCUAAAAGUAUUCGAGAUGGCUACGACGAUGACGAUGACGAUGAUCUGAAGUUCCGUAUUCCCCAGUCAGCAAGUCAGUGGAAGAGGAGGCUUUUCUCUUUUCUCCAAGAAAAAAUGAGGCUCCCUGAUAUGCUGUUGAUGGCAAUUUUCUCUAUCAGUCUAAAGGCAUGGGCAGUAAUUGCUCUAUGGUUUAUGCUGGCACCUGUUGCUCACAGAUUGGAUUUAGGACCAAUUUUUAUUCUUGGGACCGGGUUUGCUAUUAUACUAACAAAUCUUGGACAGCGGCGACAAGGUGAUACCAGAAUAUUUCUUGCGAUGAUGUGGAUCUGGGGUGAUGCCUAUGACAUUUCUCGAGGGCUGGGCAUAACUCGAUGCGAUAGGCUAACGCCAUCAGCGCAUAUUCGAUCUUCAAUGAUGAUUUCAGAGAGCUUCCCGGCACACUCAAUGCGGAUCGUCUUGAUAGGGACAUAAGGGCGGGUCAGCUUUGAUCAGUCUAAUCAUAGUUGAUAGCUGGCUUGUGCAUAAAACAAUGACAGUCUUGGAUUAUCUGCCUGUUGUGCGCCUUCUUGAAAGGCAUCUUUUUCUUCUUUUUUACUUGUUUCUACCGUUUCACACAACGCAUUUACGUGAAUCGGUCCAAUGUAAAAUUGCAAGUCUUUUUCUGUAAGAUUUGAGGGAAAUAUAGACCGGACAUGGGUGUUUUUUCA